CUACUCAGAGAACCAAGGUUAUAUCCGUGUAGUGGACUUCUUGCACAGCGUUGGUUUGACACGUUGCAAAGUCCCCUUUACUUCGUUAUACUUUUGGACUUGUAGUUUUUGACACACCGGCUCACCAGUAAUUGAAGCGACAACGACUACUGUUAAUCACUACAAUUCCCAGCCUGCACCACAGUGGUUGGAGUUUGCGCAGUGAGUGGCCCUGUGUAGGCGAGCGGCGUGUCAGUGAACGGUCUGGUCAUCACCAUGGAUCCGGCCUGGCGUCAGCGGGGUCGUGGGCGUGGUCAGCCACAGGGUCAGGCGUCGCGACCUCAGAGAGAGAGGGCAGCAGCCCCAGCAGCAGAAUCACCUAAGACUCCUAGUGGUGUGUGGGCUGGAGAUGGGAGGGGGAGAGGAGGAGAUGGGAGAGGAAGAGGAGGAGAUGGGAGAGGAGGAGAUGGGAGAGGAGGAGAUGGGAGAGGGAGAGGAGGAGAUGGGAGAGGGAAGAACACAGCUCCCACACAGCUACAGUCUGUUAACAGAGGGAAGAGCAUGGCAGCACCUUCACAACACACUGCGUCGAGCCAAUCCAAGUUUGAGGAGAUCAGGAAGUCCAACCAGGCUGCUGCUCAGCGAUUGGUUCAGAGCCAGUACAGCUCCUCCUCAGACGAUGAUGUCGAUGAUCUAGUUGAUGAUGGUGGGAAGGUGGAGGGGAAGGACGGUAAACGGGUGAAGAUUCUGUCUUCGACGCUCACCACCUACACGGACCAGACUGGUGGAGAUGUGACAGACCUAGAGAGGACUCGUCAGUACCUGAGUGAUGCGUUCCAGUCCGGUGCCAUCACCUGCCUCAUCUGUAUCGCCUCCGUCAAGAGAACCCAGGCUGUAUGGAGUUGUGCUGGUUGUUUCUGUCUAUUCCAUAUCCCCUGUAUUCAGAAGUGGGCUAAGGACUCGGUCUUUCUCCUCUCCUCUGUCACUGAUGAAGACUUUGGGAAGAAAGAUCACCCCUGGCCUUGUCCUAAAUGUCGUUAUGAGUACAGCCCCUCCCAGACCCCCAGUAGGUAUGUCUGUUACUGUGGGAAGGUACAGGAUCCUCCUCUGGACCCAUGGCUGUUACCUCACUCCUGUGGGCUGGUCUGUGACAGAGCCUUGAACCCAGCCUGUGGACACCACUGUCUGCUGCUCUGUCAUCCAGGUCCCUGCCCACCUUGUCCUAAGAUGGUAUCAGUCAGCUGUAUGUGUUCUAAGGCCAUGCCCGUCCCGCGUCGCUGUAGCAACAAGCCCUGGAGCUGUCAGAAGACCUGUGGCAAGACUCUGCCCUGUAAACAACACGCCUGUCACAGCAGCUGUCACUCAGGUGUGUGUGAGCCGUGUCCGAGGGUCAGUGUCCAGAGGUGUGUCUGUGGACAGGAGGAGGCAGAGAGACAGUGUGCCAGCCCUGUGUGGCACUGUCAACAGCCGUGUGGUCGUCCUCUCUCCUGUGGUAAUCAUACAUGUGAGAGAAUGUGUCAUUCAGGUCUGUGUGGGGCGUGUCCUCGAUCUGGCAACAGAGCCUGUCCCUGCGGCAAGUCAAAGAGUUCUCUCCCCUGUACUGAGGAUGUCCCUACCUGUGGUGACACCUGUGACAAGGUGAUGGAAUGUGGCUUACACACCUGUUCCAUGAGGUGUCACAGAGGGGCCUGUGAAACCUGCAGACAGGAGGUAGAGAAGCAGUGUCGCUGUGGGAAAUACACGCGUCUCAUGCCCUGUCAUAAGGAGUACCUUUGUGAGUCUAAAUGCCCCAACACCAGAGGCUGUUCACGGCAUCAGUGCAGGAGGAAGUGCUGCUCUGGUAACUGCCCGCCAUGUGACCAGAGCUGUGGACGAUCGCUGGGCUGCCGAAACCACAAAUGUCCCUCUGUCUGUCACCAAGGCAGCUGCUAUCCCUGUCCAGAGACGGUGGAUGUGAAGUGUGUGUGUGAAUCCACCUCUCUGACUGUUCCCUGUGGGAGGGAGAGGAGUACCAAGCCCCCACGCUGUAAAGAACUGUGCAGGUCUCCCCCAUCCUGCCACCACCCCAGCAGAGAGACCCAUCGAUGUCACCCUGGUCCCUGCCCUCCCUGUCGCCAGGCCUGUCUCCUGGCCCUGAAACGAUGCCAACACCCCUGUCCCCAACCCUGCCACGACCAGGUUAUGGUGAAGACCAGCGACAGGGUCCUAGCAGGCCCGUGGGAGCAGUCGUCAGAGCCUGCGUUUGUCCGUAAAGCUCUCCCCUGCCCGCCCUGCCUGGUCCCUAUACCCACGGCCUGUCUUGGAGAGCAUGAG